UAUGAUCCAUCCAUCCAACCCAUUCCUUUUAUCAUCAAGAUGGCCUUCUCAAACCGUUUCUUACUGCCUUCCUCUUGCCCUAAGAUUAUUACUGAUCAUCACUCAUCUAAACACAGCAAUAUUAGUGCUAAUCCGCCGGCGGUGCAGCUAAUUAUUGCUAAUCCCAGAGGCUGCAUGUCAUUGCCAAAAGCUCAUCAGCACCAUGCUAAUAUUCUUCAAACCUCAAGAAUCCUGGACAUGGCUAGUGGCGGCCAAACUACAGUUUGGCAGGAUGGCAUCGACAUGAUGAUGGAGAGGCAUACUAAGACACUAGCAGAAGCAAGAGCUAGGUUCAAGCAAAUUGAAGAGUUAGCAGAAGUAGACGGGAAUUCAACGAAAACCCUAGUGAUGAUCGAUGCGCUCCAACGGUUGGGCCUCGACCACCACUUUGAUGAAGUGAUCGACGAGGUUCUGAAGCGCGAGGAGGGGAAGGAGGCGAUGAAAUUUUCUGUUCUCGAUAAUGAUAGUAGUACUCGAUGUCAUGAUCUUUUAGAGACUUCACUGCGCUUUCGACUGCUAAGACACCAGGGUUAUCGCAUUCCUUCAGAUGUGUUCGAAAAGUUCAGAAACAAGGAAGGCAAGUUCGAGAGCAACAUGGGAUGCUCGAGCAAUAUCAUGGGAAUGAUGGAACUAUACGAAGCAUCAUACUGGGCCACAAAAGGAGAAAGCAUUCUUGACGAAGCAAGAGAGUUUAGUGCCCACAUGUUGGAACUAUAUUCAACUCAUCAACAUGCUCAACUGGGUCCAGCUGAUGAAGCCACUACUCUUGGCCUAGCAAGUUACACACUGAGACAUCCUAUCCACAGAAGCUUGCCCAAAUUCAACGUAAAGAGCUACCUCGGAAUCUCCCAUGGCGGCUCAACCAAGCACAAUGAUGAAGACAUCCUCGUGGAUUUAGCAAGAUUGGAUUUCAACGUGAAUCAGUCCAUGCACCAACAAGAAGUCGUCCAGAUUUCUACAUGGUGGAAGGAGCUAGGGUUGGCGGAAGAGUUGACACAUGCAAGGAACGAACCAGUGAAGUGGUACAUGUGGCCGUUGGCCAUCUCGACGGAUCCAAAAUUAUCGGAAGAAAGAGUGGAGCUUGCCAAACCCAUUUCACUUGUCUAUCUCAUCGACGACAUCUUCGAUGUUUAUGGAUCGUUAGAUGAACUUACUCACUUCACUGUUGCGGUCGACAGAUGGGACGUUACAUCGGCGAAUCAAUUGCCCGAUUACAUGAGGAAAUGCUUUAUGGCUCUUCAUGAGGUCACCAAUCAAAUUGGAUACAAAGUGUACAAAAGACAUGGAUGGAACCCUAUACCUUCCCUACGACAAGCUUGGGCAAGACUUUUCAAGGCAUUUCUAGUAGAAGCCAGGUGGUUCAAGACAGGAGAGUUGCCAAGUGCGGAAGAGUACUUGAAAAACGGAAUAGUGAGCUCAGGGGUCCCGCUUGUGCUGGUUCACCUCCUCUUCAUUUUGGGCCGAGGGCUGACACAACGAAACGUCGAACUCAUCGGCGGCGAGAACCCACCAGUAAUCUCCUCCGUCGCCAAGAUUCUCCGGUUGUGGGACGACCUCUCUGCCACGGACGAGGAACACAGUACUGGAAACGACGGAUCGUACUUGGAUUGUUACGUGAAGGAGAAUCCCGAGUCGUCGAUCCAUGGCGCCAGGGAGCACGUGAUGGAAAUGAUUGAAGAGACAUGGAAGCAACUCAACAAUGAAUCUCUGUCUCCGACGACGCCGUUUCCGUUGGCUUUCAAUAGGGCUGCCCAUAAUCUUGCCAAAAUGGUGGCUUUGAUGUAUGGUUGCAACGAAGUCGUUGAUCAAAACCAAAGUGCUCCUAGGCUCAAGGACCAUAUAAGGUCCAUACUAUUUGAAAGCUUUCCCUGAUCUGAUCAUUAUUAUCUUGCUUCACAAUGUAAUAACCCACGAAUGCGGACUUUGAUGCGCGUUAAUGUUCGAACGCUUUCGAGUAGAGGAUCUCCUUAGUGGCGAGAACAACUCCAAAUUAUGUUACAACUAUUCCUAACUAUGAAACUCCUAAAUCGAUUUUGGGUCUCAAUCUUCUCAUAUUGUUAAACGAAAGACAAAGUACAUGUUUAUAGGCAUUGAACAUCUCCUUUCUCCUAUCUAAAACAUGACUGCUUCUCCCACAAAGAAAGUACUAUAACCAAAAUUCUAAACAAUUACUAGUAAACAAUUUAAAUCCUACUAAUACAAUUAAACGAUAAUAAUUAAAAUCUCAAAUAACAUGAAAUACGAACUAAUUAAUUAAACUACUAAAAAUAAACGGCCCCAAUAAUUCCAAAAUUAUUACGAAUGGCCUGUAUCGUAAAAGCUUCUCCGGAGAGCGACCACCAUCUCCAUUCUUUCUUCCCCUCCCAUCCGCCGGUCCAAUAAAGAUGGUGAUGAUGUCGAGCCUGCUUCCUCUCCCUGUUCGCCUCAAAUCACUAACUCAAAGAUUCCGGAACAAAUCUUUGUGGUCUUGCAGCCUGGAAUUGUGGAAAUGAUCAUAUUUGGUGGAGAAAUUUUGGGAUUUAAUUUAACUAGUAUGGCUCCUUCAUUUUACUCGGUAUCUUAUUAUCACUACUAGUAAGGUUCUUGCCACUAUGAUAAAAAUUCGUAUUAGAUGUGAUUAAAUUCGCUUCAAAGGUGUAAGAUACGAGAUUUGGUGCAUGUGCAUUUUACAUAUUCAAGUUUUGCACCGGAAUUCAGAACAAAUUUACCGGAUAUCCACGAUGAGAAAAUUUAAGACAAUGUAUAUAUAUGAUAUAUUUAAGAAAAGUAGAUUUUGUUU